GCAACUGGAUUGAACACAUCCCAUCACUGAUCUAAUAAUCACCUACUCACGAAUGCUGUUUAGUGGUUGACUAGCUAAUUCAAGGAAAUGUUAGCCGAACUUAUCGCAAGAGAAACAAAACUUCGCGUUCUAUUAUUUAUACGGGAAAGUAUGUAUUUUAACACAAAACAAAGUGCAUAUUAAAACAACUUUUUUCCCACAAGAACAAAGGUUAUUUCGAACAGGAAGUACAGCAACUGUCGAUCUAGUGAUUCUGAAUUCAUAGCCUGCAAGGGGUGCUUGGAAACCCCGAGGAUUCGCGGCCUGGUCUGGAGUUCGUCAACAUUCAUUGAUGUUCGGAGUGAAAUUGUCGGAUCGAUCAACAAAGAUGGUGUUAAUGGGUCUUCUGAAGUGUGUGGGCUUUUGGUGAAACACGGUUACAGCAGCAACUAGUUAGAUAUCUCGUCUGAAAUCGAAGGGUGGAAGAUAGGUCCUCGGACCGUGCACUGAAAGUGACACCGCUGCAGCAGACAUGAUGGAAGAACUCCACAGCCUGGAUCCACGGCGACAGGAGCUGCUGGAGGCUCGCUUCACAGGAAUGGGAGUGGCCAAGGGUUCAGUACAAAACGAGUCGUCCAACCAGAGUGUGGGAUCUCUGAGUGACAAGGAGCCGGAGACACCAGAGAAGAAGCCCAGCGACCAGAGAACCAGGAAGAGAAAAGGCGAGCAGCAAGACAAGGGAUCCGCAAGAAGUCACAAAAUUAGCGAUUACUUUGAGUUUGCCAGUGGCAGUUGCCCUGCUUUGAGUCCUGUGGCGCGGGUCCUUCCUCCCCUGGUGCGCUCCUCUUCUCAGCACUCUAACCCCCCCAUGGCGGUGCAGCAGGGCAGUCCUUCGUCGGCGAGCUCAGCAGCUCUCACCGAGCCCUUGUCGUCGUCGUCAUCCUCCUCGUUGUUCUCGUCGUCCCACAAAGCUACUCAGUCGGACUUGACGCUUGACAAGCUGAUGGCUUUAGAGAACAACAAGACCUCCGACCUGGAGAAGAAAGAGGGGAGGAUAGAUGACUUGCUGAGGGCUAACUGUGACCUGCGGCGACAGAUCGAUGAGCAACAGAAGGCACUGGAGCGCUACAAGGAGCGCCUCAACAAGUGUGUGACCAUGAGCAAAAAGCUCCUCAUCGAAAAGUCAAAGCAGGAGAAGAGGGCGUGCCGGGACAAGAGCAUGCAAGACCGCUUGCGCCUGGGCCACUUCACCACCGUGAGACACGGAGCUUCGUUCAACGAGCAGUGGACCGACGGAUACGCCUUCCAGAACCUCAUCAAGCAGCAGGAGAGAAUUAACUCCCAGAGAGAGGACAUCGAGAGACAGAGGAAGCUGCUGGGGAAGAGAAAGCCCUCUCCGUCCGGCACCACCAGCUUCUCGGCCUCGUCCAGCACCACCGUGGCCCAGAGCCUCGCCCUCCUCACCACCAGCAGCAGCAGCAGCGCCAUGGAGCCUCCUACUGCCCCCAACAGCUCCGGCGCCAACAAACGCAAGAGCAAGAGCAACGGCCAGGACAGCGAAGCGUUGUCCCUCGCAGAAUAUCAUGAGCAGGAGGAGAUUUUCAAACUCCGGUUGGGCUAUCUAAAGAAGGAGGAGGCGGAGAUCCAGGCGGAGCUGGAGAGGCUGGAGCGGGUCAGGAACCUCCACAUCAGGGAGCUGAAGAGGAUCCACAACGAGGACAACUCCACAUUUAAAGACCACCCCACUCUGAACGACCGCUACCUCCUGUUAUACCUACUUGGACGAGGUGGCUUCAGUGAAGUCUACAAGGCCUUUGACCUAACCGAGCAAAGAUACGUGGCUGUCAAGAUCCACCAGCUCAACAAGAACUGGAGGGACGAAAAGAAAGAGAACUACCACAAGCACGCCUGCAGAGAGUACAGGAUCCAUAAGGAGCUCGACCACCCCCGGAUAGUUAAACUCUAUGACUACUUCUCCCUGGACACAGACUCGUUCUGCACGGUGCUGGAGUUCUGCGAGGGCAACGACCUGGAUUUCUACCUGAAGCAGCACAAGCUGAUGUCGGAGAAGGAGGGUCGCUCCAUUAUCAUGCAGAUCGUCAACGCCCUCAAGUAUCUCAACGAAAUCCGUCCACCCAUCAUCCACUAUGACCUCAAGCCAGGCAACAUCCUUCUGGUGAACGGCACAGCGUGCGGCGAGAUCAAGAUCACAGACUUCGGCCUGUCUAAGAUCAUGGAUGACGACAGCUACAACUCUGUGGACGGGAUGGAGCUGACCUCGCAGGGGGCUGGGACUUACUGGUACCUGCCCCCAGAGUGUUUUGUUGUGGGGAAGGAACCACCCAAGAUCUCCAACAAGGUGGAUGUCUGGUCGGUAGGGGUCAUCUUCUACCAGAGCCUCUACGGGCGCAAGCCAUUUGGACACAACCAGUCCCAACAGGACAUCCUGCAGGAGAACACCAUACUGAAAGCCAAAGAGGUGCAGUUUCCCCCAAAACCUGUCGUCACCCCCGAAGCUAAGGCGUUCAUCCGGCGCUGUCUGGCCUACCGUAAAGAGGAACGUAUCGAUGUCCGACAGCUGGCCCAGGACUCCUUCCUCAUGCCCCACAUCCGCAAGGCCCUGGCCACCGGAACUGGAGCAGGGCCCCUGUCAUCCGGCUCCACGCCUUCUACCUCCAACACCUACAAUAGCAGUGCCUCAAAUUGAGGGGCCCCUGGCGGGGCCACAUGACUCAAACACCCCUCCGUUCUGUCUGGGAUGGGAGGGGCAGAGGUCAAGGGUUAAUAACUGGACAAUGGAUGGGGUGGAGGAGUUGUACCUGAAGUGCCCUCCCUUUCCUCCACCCCUCCCACCUUCUGGUAUACAACAGAUCAGUCCGUUUCUGCGGUCGGACCCAAUGAAAGCCCACGUCCUUACAAGGGAAAACCUUGCUUGACCAGUUGGCUGACCGGACAGAAAAUGGCCUGAAGUCAAAACGUAGAAAGCGUUUUGUGCAAGUUGUGCCGGUUCUUGGGGGAGAUUUUGAGAAAUGAUUCCAUUCGGUUUGUCUUGAGAGAGGACACAUCUUUUAUCCCGUUUCUCACAAUAAUUGAAUGAAUUAAUCGCCCACACCCAAACCCCCAAUGGUAAACCAUUACAUAUUUAGAAGAGCUCAAAUGAAAUGGGGGUGCCUAUUUCUAAUUUCCAAAUUUUAAGGCAUGUCUAGCUGAUAUAAUGAACGGAUUGAUGAGCUGAAGACCGUCUUCUUUAGGUCUGUCAUGUUUGAUUCAAGCAAUUGAAAUAUGUUUUUGAAAAUUGAACUGGGAGUGGAUUUCUUUAUUUGGAUGGUCUAGUGUAUAUUUUCUUAAGGCUUUGCAUAAAAUGUUUUUCAUUACUGUCAGAGUAAAUGAGUAAAUGUAUACAUGACAGCGACACUGAACAGCAUUGCAUUUAAACAAUUAAACAGACUUUUGGUAUA